AUGGCAGAUAUCAAUUUCACUCAGAUCACUGAAUUCUACUUGGAGGGAUUUCCAGGACUCCAUCCAGAGUAUUUUAAAGCUGUGGGAACAUUUUUACUCUUUGUCUAUCUAAUGAUUGCAGUCGGAAACAUUUUAAUCAUUUCAUUUAUUGUUUGUGAGAGAAGCCUUCAUAAACCCACAUAUUUCAUCUUCUGUAACCUCGCUGUGUCAGACCUUGCAUUUGGAACCGUCACCUUGCCCAGAGCAGUUUCAAAAUAUAUUUUUAAAGAUGAUUAUAUACAAUUUAAUCCAUGUUUUGUGCAAAUGUAUUUUGUGCAUCAUUUAGGUACUAUGAAUUCAUUUCUGAUGUUAUUAAUGGCCCUUGAUCGGUUUGUUGCUAUAUGCAACCCCCUUAGAUAUCCUGUUAUUAUUACAAACCAGUCUAUUGCAUUUGCAUGUGGAGCGUUUUGGUUGGUAAUUUUUGCAUGGUUGCCAUCAUUUACUUACCAAGCUCAUAGUCUGCCCUACUGUACUACUAACGUAGUAAGUCAAUGUUAUUGUGAUUUAAAUACAGCAUGUAAAAUUGCAUGCGGAUCAAAGGCUGAGCUAAGGAAGAAUUCUUUUGCAAUGGCCAUGUUCACACUUUUAGGCCCUCUAAUUUUCAUCCUAUUUUCCUACAUUGCUGUCAUCAUAUCUGUGUUUAAAAUCUCCAGUGUUCAGGCUCGAUAUAAAACAUUUUCCACAUGCAGUCCUCAGCUUUUAAUCACAUGCCUUUACUAUCUGCCCAGAUGCACAGUGUAUAUAUAUGAUAUAUCUACUGAAAUGCCUAUUAGUGUUCGCGUUAUGCUUGUUAUGUGGUACAGUCUGUUUCCCCCUGUUGUCGAUCCAAUGAUAUACUGUUUCAGAACUCAGGAAAUCAAGACUGUUCUCAUGAAAAAAAUUAGAGGUAAAAAAGUUAACAUUAAUUUGAAGGCAUCUCCAAGUUAA